AUGGAGAAAAUGAUGAACAUGAACAUGCCCCAGUUAAAAUCAUCGUCGUCGUCACUUUCACCACCACCAUUUCCAUUGCCGAACAAAGUUGGAAAGAGAUGGAAGGAGUACCAAGGAAUGAACAAUUGGAACGGUUUGUUAGACCCAUUGGACGAGAACCUUCGCGCUGAGAUUCUCCGCUAUGGCCAUUUCGUUGAGGCCGCGUAUAAGUCAUUAGAAUUCGACACUUCUUCCCCUAACUACGGCACAUGCAAAUUCCCAAAGAACAAACUCUUGGAACGGUGCGGGUUACACAACACGGGUUACAAAGUAACCAAACACCUACGUGCAACCUCGGGGAUCAAACUACCUAGUUGGGUGGACAAAGCACCGAGUUGGGUGGCAACACAAUCAAGCUACGUUGGGUACGUAGCAGUGUGUAACAACAAAGAAGAGAUCAAACGACUCGGUCGAAGGGACAUUGUUAUCGCAUUCAGAGGAACCACCACAUGCCUUGAGUGGCUCGAGAAUCUUCGAGCCACUCUGACACACGUGAUUAAUCCAUCUAUGGCAACAGGGAUCAAGGAAGCAGAGCCAUGCAAUAUGGAAGAAAAUGGAGCCAUGGUGGAAAGUGGUUUCCUGAGUUUGUACACCUCAGCGGUAAGUAACAACCCUUCAAUUAUGAGCCUGCAAAAUAUGGUGAGAAAAGAGAUUGGUCGGAUCCUUAAAACUUACGAAGGAGAAAACUUGAGUUUGACCAUUACUGGGCAUAGUUUGGGGGCGGCAUUGGCGGCUCUAACGGCGUAUGACAUAAAGAACAGUUUUCUCCGGCCGCCUCAUGUGACGGUGAUCUCCUUCGGCGGCCCGCGCGUGGGGAACCGGAGCUUUCGGCGGCGGCUGGAGGAGCAGGGGACUAAGGUGUUGCGGAUUGUGAACUCGGACGAUGUUAUAACGAAAGUGCCGGGAUUUGUGUUUGAUGACGUGGAAAAAACUAACGGUGACGAGGCGGAAAAUGGAGGUACCCACGUGGCUAGUUUUCAGAGAUGGAUGCGGAAGCGCGUGAAAGAGGUACAAUGGUUGCUGUACUCUGAGAUUGGGGAGGAGCUUCGCCUCUGUAGCAGGGAUUCUCCGUACCUCAGGGGAAUCAACAUUGCCACGUGUCACGAUUUGAACAUCUAUCUGCACCUUGUUGACGGCUUUGUCAGUUCCACAUGUCCCUUCAGAGCCACUGCCAAGAGGUUCCUUCACCGUUGA